AUGGAUAUCAGAGAGUGGCUGCAGAACACAGCCGACAGGGAACCACCAGACGAACACGACCACCCAGGCUUCCCUGAGUUCCUCAAGCCGCAGCAAAACGCGAACCUCCAGAACGUACGCACCAAGCAUCGCUUGAAGAGAAAGCGCGCAUCGAGCGAUCCUCCUGGAGGAGUUCAGGGAAAGGCUCGUCUGAAGUGGGUUCAGGCAGCGUCCAGCUCCGAUCACGUACGGCUUGCACAUGAGGAUACGGCCAGUUCGCACAGUACCAGCAACUCUUCGCAAAGUCGGAAUGCUAGUGUCUCGGCCUUCGCUCGGCUUCCAGUCAAGUCCUAUGAACGUCGCGCACGGCAUAAGACUAAGCCUGACCGCUAUGAUGCCAAGAUCAAGAAGCCGCGCAAGGAUCACGAGAAGAAGGACAAGUCGAAACGUCGCAAGAGCCACCGCAGCGGCGACGGGGCGCGUACGGCUGGACUGAUUCAGAGCUUUCAGCUGAACCAUGGUCUGAAGAACGAACGUCUCACACUGCGACCUGGAGCGAAUGGAGGCAUCUUCAAGCAUGGCCGUGCAUCUGCGCCGGUGGUGGCCACUGGUGCCGGGUUACCUGAUCUUGUCUUCAACGAGAUGAAAUUCUUGCAGAGACCAAGAGAGCAUCAGGACGAGCUGCCACGGCGCGAAGCAAAGAAGCCGAUCAAAAAGAGUCGCAAGGACAUUCGCGAUGAAGAAAUCUCUGCCUAUUUCAAACGACCGGGAGUUGCAGAGCAAAGUGAAAAGGAUGCAUCGCACAUCGCUAGUACAAAGGAACCAGUGAUCGGCCAACCUGAGGGGCGAUCAGCCAACGUCGCUGAUGUAGCGCCGCCGGCUGAGGCAGCUUUUCUGGGCUUCGGAAGUAGAGGUCCGCAACCUGAGCCUUCCGGAGCGCACAAUACUAGCAAGUCAUACUACACUUGUACGAGCGCAAAGGAGACGGCAAAGGUCAAAGGCGAACACUGGCAGACGCAGUGCACAAUCAAACGCGUCAGUCUCAGCAGUCACGUCAGGUUUCAGUCUAGCAGAGACAAGGUCGCUACCUCAGCGGCAGGGACGUGUAAUCCGGCCUAUUUCGACAAACAUGUGUCGGCCCCAGCCUUUGGCUUCAUGGCAACCGUCACCAGCAACGACAGGGCAAGUGUCUUCUAA